GAGUGAACUUGGCUGGUUCAUAGGUGAUAUUUGGAAGAAGCAUGGACGUCUCCAUGAAAUGUUGCUAGCUAAAGUUAAUUGGUCAUCCGAGUUUAAUUCAAACAAUUUAUAAAAAGCCAGUAUUUUAAAAAUACAAAAAAUGAAUUCAAAGGACGAAGACGCGUCAAAAUAUGAAUUGUUGCAUUUGAUUUAUUUGCAUUUGAAAGAGAACGGAUACCAGAAAGCUGCUAACGUGCUGAAAAAGCAUGUCACACAGAAUGAAACCUCAGCGGUGGCAACAACUCUCCAUGAUAUCUACAAGAGUUGGGCAAAGGCCUAUGAACCUGAUUCUGUGAAGACAAAGGAGGAACCUGGCAUUGACACAGUCGUGAAGAAGCUGGACCUUAUUGAACACUUUGAAACACUGGGAAAAGAUGAAGUUCCGACUCCAGAAAAGACAGUUGAAGCACUGGACACCAAGCCCAUUAUCGAUGUGUCUGGGGCCCCCAGCGUCUCUGACCCAGUCCCUGAUGAAGCACCCAAGGACUCUGAGUUAGCGACUCCCCAGAACAGUGUGGCCCCUGUCUCUGAGGCAGGAAAUGAUGUCGCCAUCCUCCAGUCCAAAUCUGACACCUCCGCCCCUGCUUCAGAGGCAAAGCCUGACAGCGGUGAGGAGUUGAAGAGCGAAGAGGAGGCACCUGAGCCUCCGAAGCCGUUGGUCCUCCCAGAAGCAACUCCUGUAGAAGCUACAAAGGCCUCGACUGCUCCUGCCUCUAACAAAGCGGAGAGCUCCGAGAGUGGCAGCGAAUCAGAGAGCGGGGAUGAGCUUCCUGCUCUACAGAACAAAAUGGCCGCCCCAAAGGCCAUGCCCAGCAAGGCCUCCUCAACACCAACUGCCACCACCAAGGCUGAGAGUUCCAGUGAGGACUCUGACAGUGAGGAAGAGGCCUCUGCUACGAAGAAGGUAGCUUCCAAAAAGGCUCCGCCCAGUAAGCCUGUGGCCACGCCCACAGCAGUGAGCAAGUCUGAGAGUUCAGAGAGUGACAGUGAGGAGGACACACCUGCACAGAAAGCACCGACAACACCAAAAGCCACAGCUGCAAGUCCUGCCAAGCAGACCCCAGCCAAGGGGACCUCUGUAGGUGCAGGGAAACCCGGCCCAGUCACCCCCGGCCAGGGUAAAGCCGCCUCCAAGGCCCCCGCUCCGGGGAAGAAGGCCAAGAGCUCGGAGAGCUCAGACGACUCGGACAGUGAAGAGGAAGCAGCCCCGCUUCUAAAGAAGACCAAGGCCGCUCCGGUCACCCCAGCAAAGCCGGUUGCUGUGGCAACCCCUGGCAAGGCCAAGGCCACGCCCACACCCUCAAGCAAGCUCACGCCCAAGGCCUCGGCAUCCGCCAAAAAGGAGGAGGAGAGCGAGAGCACGGACUCGUCGGAUAGCGAGGUGGAGGCUCCGCCCAAGAAGCUUCCGGCAACUGCGGCCAAGGCUGUCCAGCCCUCCCCAAGCCCGGCUAAAGCCACGCCCAAAGCCGCACCCAAACCCUCUGCGGCAGCGAAGAAAGCUGGGAGCUCGGAGAGCGAGAGCACGGACGACUCAGAGAGCGAGGAGGAGAAGGCUCCGCCUAAAAAGACGCCUACGCCCACCAGCGCAGAGAAGCUGGGGGCUGUUAAGACCCCAGGUCAGGCCAGUGCCACGCCCAAAGCCGCACCCAAAACAGCAGUGCCGGAGGAAGAGGACGAUGAGAGCUCGGACUCUUCUGGAAGCAAGGACAUGAAAGCCGGAGCGAAGCCAGCCCCAGCGGCAGCUUCGACGGCUCCGGGAAAACCGGCGGUUGGGACGACAGCCAGUCCAGUCAAGGCCACGCCCAAAGCCUCGCCCAAAACCACGGCUCCCGCCAAUAAGGAGAGCGAGAGCUCUGAGACCUCGGAGAGCGAUGAUGUGGUCAUCGUGAAGAAGGUGACGGCAACUCCCAAGGUGAAAGCUGUGCUGGCCACACCUAAAGCCACGCCCGCGGAGAAGGCUGAGAGCACAGACUCCUCAGACACUGAGGAAGAGCCUCGGUCAAAGAAAGUCCCAGUGACGUCAAAGGCAGUGCUGGCCACGCCUGAGGCAGUACCCAAGUCCACACCCAAGACCACACCCAAGACCGCUGUGCCUCCCAAGCAGGAGGAAAGUAGCAGUGAGGACUCCUCAGAAACUGGGGAGGCUCCCCCUGCUGCUGUGAAGACCCCCACAGUCAAAGUGCCUGCUUCUGCUGCUGCUACUACUGCUUCUGCUGCUGCUACCCCUGCCACACCUGCCACACCCGCCUCGCCUGGGACACAGGAGGAGGAGGAACCCGCUCCCACACCUGCUCAGGAAGUGACUGAACUGAAGAGCCCUGAGCCUGCCCUUCCAGAAGAAACGGCCCCUGACACAGCCAAACCAGGCGCAGGGGAACCAGGCUCCGAGAACGCCGGCCCCGGUGACGAGGAGACCUCUGAGGCUCCUCCAGAGCCUGCAGCCACUCCGAAAAGCAAGAAGAGCAAAGAAGGGAAGAAAAAGGGAAAGAAGAAGAGGAGUAGUUCUGCCCUUUCAGAGGAGGAGACCGCCACCCCUGCGGCUCCGGCGAAGGGUAAGAACCUCCCCCCCACUCCACGUGCCCUGAAGGAGCCCAGUUUGGAUAUCGACCUGGAUGAACUGAUAGCAGAGGCACGCAAAGCUGCUGAGGACACCCCCAAAGAGGAGGCGGUAUCAGAGGCUGCUGCUGGUCCCCUGGACACCACAUCAGAGACCCCACAGUCCAUACCGGAGGAAGUGCCUGUUGAGCCAGCUGCUACGACCACAUCGGUAGAGACCCCACCUCUGCUGGCCAAGAGGAAGAGGGACGAAGAGGAAAUGGAACAACCUGCCAAGAAGAAAAAGAAGAAGAAAAAGAAGAAGAAAGCGGUCCAGGCAGAGACCGAGGCGGUUGAGAGCGAACAGCCAGGCACUGAAUCCGGCAAAAAUGCGGACGUGGAGAAGAAGCUAGCGUUCAGCCUCUCCGAUGAAGAUGUGGCAGAGCUGGAGGGGACUUCCCCUGCGAACGGGGGCUCCACGACCAUCAUCCUUUCGGCCAAAUCGCUGAAGAAGAAAAAGAAGAAGAUGAAGCAGAGGAUGAAGGCAGCGAUGCUUGCAAAAGAGGCGACGGUGGAGAACGGGACCCCCCAGACCCCCAAAAAGGACAAGGCCCCCAAAAAGAAUAAGAAAGCCACUGCCCCAGGAACAGUCUCGCAGCUGCCCGCGAUCACAAUCAACCAAUCAGGAGCCUCCUCUAAAACGCCAAAGGCUGCUGCAAAGACCACGCCCGGGAAGAGGCCGUUCCCAACGACACCGGCCACGCCCGAAACGGAAACGGACGGACAGGAGACCCCGAAAAAGAAGAAAAAAUCUGACAAGAAGGGCAAAAUAAAGGCAAACCCAGAGCCAGAAACUCCUCUGCCCUCUCCGCCGAAGAAGAAAAAGAAAGAAAAGAAGGUGAAGAAACCCAAGGAACCAGCAUCCCCAGAGGAGACCAAGAUCACAGUGGAGGCUGCACCUCCCUCACCUGCUGUGAAUUCCACCCCCGUUUCUGAAAAGAAGAAAAAAAAUAAGAAAAAUAAACUGAAGGAAAAGAAGGAGAAGAUUAUUAAGAAGACACCGUUUAAGGCCCCACAAGGGCUCAGUCCAGACACACUUUCAUCCCUGGAGUCCAGCCCUGCCCUCGCCAAGAGCACUCCUGGAAAGAAAAAGAAGUCUUCCAAGAACAAGUAGUCCUGUUAUCACUGGGAGAGCCAUCACCUUCCUGAAGAUCAAGGAGCUGCCAGCCUGGUGGAAAGGACCAUCACUCUGACCGUGUUGCCUGGGUUUCUUCCAGGAGAACAGAAAAUAAUUACGUUUGUGUGUGUCUUAUGGGGCACAGCUCAUCUCUGUUAGUUUUCUUCCCUAGUUCUCUUAACUAUUUAGCCAUGAAUGUGAAAUAAGUUCUUGUUGUCUCAAGCAUGUUUUCAGUUUUAGUUCUGUCUCUGUUGAAGGGGUUUGGAGUUGCGUUACACUUUGAAGGCAAGGACCAUCGAAUGAAAUUGCAUUUCAAGAUUAAAGAUCACCCAUAACAGCUGCUUGAUGUUAUGAUUCAUGUUGAAAAUUAUUUUUUAUUCUGGUACAAACAGGGAACACUGGUAGUGCACAACCUCCUCAGUCGUAAACAGAAAAUUUACUUAGCAUUGCCAUUCGCAUUUCUGAGCCAGAAUGAGUAUUAUAAGUGUUUGUCAAUAGAAUGUGCCAAUGCAGGGAAAUCUUCCUUUUGGGAGUGAGGAGGUUAAAUUGAUGAUAGAUAUCCUCGCUGUGAUAGUUGUCAGGGAAUUUCUGUUUACAAACCAUUCUUUAAGUCACCAAAGUUAAUGGGACAAAAUGUGAACCUUUGUUUGUCUUAUUUUUUCUGAUGGAAUCUUUUAAUAAAAUUUUCUCUUUCUCUUG